AUGAACUAUUUAAAACCAACAAUAUUUUUAAUAUUGUGUUUGGUCACAUUUGUAUAUUCACAACCAUCAACUUUAACAAUUCAAGGAACAAUUUUUGAUCAACAUCCAGAUUAUAAUAACAAUUUCGAACCAAAGGGAGGAUCCAUUAAAAAAAAUUUAGUCUUAAAAACUCUUGGAAGUAGCAAAGUACCAACUCUUGUUUCUUUAGAUCCAGAGGAUGAUACAAAUGAAGAUGGUAGAAUGAUUACACCAAGCUUGUUCCAAUACUUUUAUCAAACAUCAUCAAAACCAUUAACCAAAAAUUCUGGUGCAAAUGUCCCAAUUCCAAUUAACCUUGUCUUGAAUUACGAUUCCAAAAAACAAGUUUAUGUUUACAAUGAUCAAUAUUUUUUCCCAAUUGAUUACCAAGGAUUUGAUGUUGAUUCAAAAUAUAGAACUUAUAAUAAUGGUUCAGGAUAUCAUAAUUUCCAUUUUUGUUUAAAAUUGAAUACUAAAUUCACCUAUCAAGGUAUUGAAGAUUUUUACUUUAUUGGUGAUGAUGAUGUUUGGGUAUUCAUUAAUAACAAAUUGGUUGUCGAUUUAGGUGGUUUACAUAGUAGAGAAACUGGUUCAGUUGAUGUAACUAAACUUGGUUUAACUAAAGGUUCAACUUAUGAUUUUGAUUUCUUUUAUUGUGAAAGACAUACAACCGCUUCAACAAUUAGAAUUGAAACAAAUUUACAAGUAUUUUGUCCAUGGUAUGAUUAUUGUGGUGUUUGCUCAGGUGAUGGCUCAACUUGUUGUAAUAAAGAUACUACUUGUAAUGAUGGCAAGAAAUGUACAAUCGAUGCAUGUCCACCACCAAAAACUGUUAUAAAUAAAGCUGGUAGUAAAAUUACUGAUGCUGAUAUUGCACCAUAUUGUAGCCAUACUGAUGUUUCAUGUCCAGACCCAGAUCUUUGUAAUAAUAACAAUUGUGAUGCUUCAACUGGUAACUGUAAAACUACACCAAUAACCUGUUCUAAUCAAGAUAGUAAAUGUUUAUUAGCCCAAACUUGUGAUCCAAAAUCAGGUUGUAUCUAUAAGAGUAAAUGUACUGGUGUUUGUGAUACUGGUGUUUGCGAUGGUGGCGAUUGUGUUCAAAAGUCAAACAGCACCUGUGCCAAUGAACUUGGUAAUAAUCCAUGUAUGGUUUAUUCAUGUGGUAAGAAUGGUUGUGAAGCCAAGCCAAAAUGUCCACAAAAUCCAAGUACCCCAUGUGAUGUUGCCUAUUGUGAUGCUGGUGAAUGUAAAGUCCAACAUUUGAGUGCCUCUGAAUGUAAUUGUGGUUGUGAUGCCUCUGAUUUAUGCUCCAAAAAUAAUUGUGUCAAUAAUGUAUGUGUUCCACUCCCAAUCGAUGGAAUAGAUGAUGGCAAUGCUUGCACUAAAGAUACUUGUGUAAAUGGUAAUAUUUUCCACACACCAAUUAACAAAUGUUCAGGUUGUAUGACUUGUAAUCCAGUUUCUGGUAAUUGUGAUUUAUCCGACACCGUUUGCCAAGAUGGUAAUGAAUGUACUACCAAUGUUUGUGAAUCAAGUGAUAGUGUCCUUGGUGUAUGUACAAACUCAACAGUUGAAUGCGGUGCUACCAACACUGAUAAAUGUAUCCAAUUCUCUUGUAAUGAAGCCACCGGUUGCCAACAAUCAGCUGUCGUUUGUCCAGAUGUUGGUAGUUGUUUAGUUGGUUAUUGUGAUAGUAAACAAGGUUGUCUCACCAAACCAAGAUCUUGCGAUACUGGUGUUUUCUGUUUAACUGGUGAAUGUAUUGAAAAUGCUGGUGGUUGUAUCGUCUAUGAAAAACGUUGUGAUGCUGAUAAUGGAAGAUGUCAACAAGGUGUAUGUGUAAAUAAUACCGCCACUGAAGAAGGUUAUUGUAAAUCUGAAGACUAUGAUCCAUUACCAUUCAUUUGUAAAACUGGUGCUGUCGUUUCAACUGCUGUCAUUGCUGGUGUCACUGUCGCUGGUGCUGUUGCACUUGGUGUUUUCAUUUAUGGUGGUAAAAGAGGUUAUGACUAUUGGAAAGAAUCAAGAAAUGUUCAAUUCAGUGGUUCAAAUUCUAAUCCACUUUAUGAACAAAAUCCAAAUGGUUCUGGUGUAAAUCCAUUAUAUAAUGAUAAUUCUGCAUUAUAA